CAAAAGGUCUCAGCAAGUUUUCUCUUGGCAUCUAACAGCUCGACUCGUCCCUCUGGAACCUGUCAGCCUAUGCUUUUGUCGGGCUGAUGAAGUGCAGCUAGCGGUAGCUGGGUGUACAGUAGUCUACAACGAUUUGACAGCAUUGGUCGACAAAGCCAGUCAGAUUGGUGGCGCAGAGUGGAGAUUGAAGGAGCUUUGGCAAGCAUAAUACUGGCUAAUCGGAGUGGCUAGCUAGCUAGUAGAUAGACUUGGAAAGAAAUGGAGGGCUGGACCCAAGGCAAACUAUGGUGCUCUGCCUCAUCGGGCUAUCAAGGGGCGGGAAACCUGCAAGUAGCGGUAGCAGGAACAGCUCAGCAAUGCAAGAUCCAUAACCGUCCUUUUACUUUUGACAGGAGAAAAAGGCGGUGAAGAGAGCAGAGUCCUAACUCUUUUGUGUUGACCUGAUUAAUAGUAUUUAGGUUGCGGUUUGUACUUUGUGUUACUCCAAACUAGAUCCUAAAUCCUCUUUCCAGAUGCUCCAUAUUCACACGUGGAUUGAACAACGCACUUUCGCGCAAAGUACUUUUCCCUUCAUUUUUGUCCAGUUUUCUCGUUGUGCUUCUCCGACAAAAGCUCUAUUAGCCGUUUGCACCGAUUCUAUUUCAUUCAUUUGAGGUAAUGCUUCAUUAUUAUCAGUGGUAUUAGUCAACCCUCACAACAACAGCAAAGAAAGCAAUCAAACAAUGGGGAUGGAACAUGAUGAUGAGGGGAUGCCCGAAAGUCCCUAUUUAGAUGAAGAGGGAGGUUUCGACGAAGUGGAUAGCAAGAGCACCCAAUCUAGUUCUGGUGUUGGGUUUGGAGAUGACAGCACGGAAAAGAGAAGAAGUCCUAACCGCCGCAGGGUGUUGUUCUUCUUGGGACUGGCCUCGUUGCUUGUAGUGGCUGUCACUGUCACAGUGGUGGUGGUGGUGGCAACCAAGAAGGGAGAUAAUGGCACCAAGUCAUCGGCUAGCACUAGUAACGGCGUCCAGGGGUCAUCACCGUUGGGUCCUGGCCCAGGUGGAAGCACCAGUGGAGGCAGCUCGGCGGAAGAGACCACGAAUACCGUGACCAUCGACUCUGAGCCCUCCACUGAAACCCCACAAGACAACCAAGACCAACCAGAAAGUGCCACCGUCGAUGCUCCCAACUUUUAUGGCCUAGACGGCCCUCCUGUACCAUCCUUCUCCAAGAAUGUUAUCCAGCCAUACAAGAGCCGUGAGGCACUGGAGGAAGACUUGCGUGUAGCCGCAACGGAUAUGGUCCGCAAUCUCUUGGUGCAGCAGGCUACCCUAAUAGAUGACACCGCAGAAGGAACUGUGGGGGCAACAGAUACCACAAGAAAUAAUAACAGCGGGCGCCGUCUCUUCAACGACAAAGUUGCCAAUUCUCGCUCGGUGAAUCAGGAAGAUAAUGUCGACGAAGCAGACUCUGUGAAAGAAGAUGGAAACUUUGUCUAUGCUGCCUAUGGGGAUCAUUUGGUGGUCUGGGAUCGCCGCGGCAACAUGGUCACAGACGAGAAAAUGCCGCUUCCACCCAUGAAUGAGUACGGUACCCAUAACAAUCCUUGGAUUCAGGCAAUCCAAUUGACAGAAAAGCAUGUCUUGGUUUUUGUGGGAGGGUACGGCGUUGCCAUGGAUGGAGGCAUCACCUUUGUUCAGAAUGAAACCAAAGUGCACGUGUAUUUGAAACCCACCGUUGAGCAACCACUCUUGACACUGGUGGCAACCGAUUAUCUUAAUGGACACUACUUGGACAGUCGCUACGUGGAGGAAACACAAAGUGUUCAUGUCAUUAGUGGCACAGAUAUCGACGUUUUUUCAAACCUGCGAGCACCAUUGGAUCCAGCCAGUCCUCUUUUUGAAGGGCUUAAUCAGACCCAGUACAUCGAGCAGGCUUCAAAGCUUGCCAAGGAGACGGUCAUUCCAACGUUCGUCACGAAGAUGGCCGAGGAGAUUCUACGGUCCAAUCGAGGCCAAUUGCCGCCCUUGCUACAGAUCAACGAUUGGACCUUGGACCGGCGACGAAACAAUCACGAGAUGCCGGGGAAGAACCCAACGGCGGCCUUGGACGAAGCAUUCCGCGCCUACAUCCAGAUCCAUUCCAUCGAUCCCAACGAUCUGCCCGUCGACUCCUUUGUGGAAAACGAUCUCAAGCUAGUCACCACGGGCUUUCUCGGUCCUUCGGCUCACCCGUCCAUUGUUGCGGCAGCCGACUCGAUUGUUGUCAGUGUGGAUCGUUUCGACUACAACCAGGAAACAGAAUCGAGCAAUUCGACCGUGUUCCUAUUGCACCUGAAGAUUGCCCCCGCAACACCGGAACUCGGUGCUUCCUUCCAGUCCGUCGGUGUCUUGCGGGGAAAGCUCCCCGAUCGAUACUCGGUAGAUAUCCACGGCAACGACUUGAGGGUGGUCGCCACCUCCCAAAAGUUUAAUCCCUACCAAGACUUGAGUCUAUGUGGGGAUUAUCAGCCACCGGUGUUAGCCAGUGCUUGGACCGGUGACAGUUGUUUGACGCAUGAAAACUGGGCGGUCUGCCACAACCUGGUGGUGUUGGAAGGUUGUGAGAAUUUGGUCAAGAACGGAUGUCCCUACACUUUCACUUGUGGCGACGCAUCGGCUACCGGAGAAAGCAGCACUGAAAACUUUGUGGUAGUCUAUGACAUGAUGGGCACUGAAGGAGAGAUGAUUGAGCGAGGCAGAGCCAGGUUUGGAAGCACUCACGAAAGUGUCCAAUCAAUUUCCUUUGGUCCAGAGUUUGUCUAUGUCGUCACUUCGUUCGACAAAACGAAUGGUCCUUUUUAUCUGAUUGAAUUGCCACCGGGUCAGAGUCCGAAUGUCAAGAGCAGUUUUGAGUUGGAAACUGUCCCGUCGUACCUUCAGAGUAUCAACGAUGACGGAACUCUUGUAGUUGGCAUUGGCACCAUGUUGGAAGGUGCAAAUCUUUUGUCAAAAUCGGAAAAUGGUGUGGUGGCGAAUGUUUAUGACUUGUCUGUCCCCGGACAAGCCGUGGUUGUCGCAACCAAGUUACUCAAUGAAGAUCCUUUGGCAUUGUCCAAGACGUCUGCCUCGUAUGACCCCAAGGCUGUCCAGUACACAUCCAGCGGGUUGCUCCUUGUCCCGUUGACUCUUUCACCGGAUCUCUUCGCCAUCUUCGAAGCCAUGGACCCGACCGCGGGUUAUGUACCCAUGGAUCAACUUGGAAAAGAUCAGGUCUUUGAAGGAUUCGUUGUGCUGGAUGUCUCCAAGGCCAAGGAGGGUCAGGGCAUCGUGGAGCUCUUUCGCGUGAACCACGCUGCUCCAAGUGGCAGCUGUCACCAUUGCAAUGGCUACCUAUCCAACCAUCGUUCCUUUGUGUACGAAGAGUAUGGCUCUGUCAUGACAAUGUACAGUCAUGUUGUCACUAGCACCGAUCUAUCCACGUUGGAACAGAUUUGGGCGUUCAACGUGACGAUUGAAGAUGCAGACAUGAGCUGUUGCUUCUAGAAAGUGGAAUCGAAUGAUUCAAUCGAUUCGGGUGACCAGGGAACAACGUUGCAUUUUCCAAGUUUAAACGUUUUGAUUUAUAGUACUAACAAGGGUAUUUGUUAAUAAGGACAUUG